AUGAGUCCAGCUGAGCGCAGUCAGGAAGUAACGCAGUGAGCUGAGCAGACACCGUCAUCCACGCUGUCAACUUUGUUUAUUUUGAUGUCUCCUCUCUGAUUUAGAUCGUCGGGUUUCGGGGGGAAGUCAGUGUCAGUCCGCUGCCGAAAUCGACCAAUAAGUUUUGAGGUUGACGGUGUGACAUUUCAGCAGCAUGGCCGAGGGUCCAGAGACUGAUGUUGACGAGCCGCCUGGUAUCAGUUUCCCUCCGCUCAUCACUGUUUCUGAUCUGCCCAGUGCCACUGCUGCAGGCCGAAACUUAAAGGAAUGGCUCCAGGAGCAGUUCUGCGACAAGCCUCUGGAGCAGGAUGACAUGCGGCUCCACAACGCGGCCUACGUUGGGGAUUUGGAUACCCUGAGGAACCUGCUGCAGGAAGACGGCUUCAGACAGCGUAUCAAUGAGAAGUCUGUGUGGUGUUGUGGCUGUCUUCCUUGCACCCCUCUGCGGAUUGCAGCCACAGCAGGCCACGCUCCGUGCGUGGCCUAUCUGAUCGCCCAGGGUGCCGAGGUGGAUCUAGUUGAUGUAAAAGGCCAAACAGCCCUGUACGUAGCUGUGGUUAACGGUCACCUGGACUGUGUCCGGAUCCUUCUUGAAGCUGGAGCUGACCCCAACGGAAGCCGCCACCACCGUAGUACCCCGCUGUACCACGCUGCACGGGUGGGAAGGCUGGACAUACUGCAGGAGCUCAUCAGGUUCAAAGCUGAUGUUGACAUGGAUCACCAGCUGGGUCCCCGGCUCCUCUUAAGUGCCCGCACCCUCAACACAUUAGUGGUGUGUCCUCUCUACAUCAGUGCUGCCUACCACCACCUCCACUGCUUUCGGGUGCUGCUCCAGGCUGGCGCUCAGCCUGACUUCAACUACACUGGGCCUGUUUGCCAUGAGGCUCUGACCCGUGGCCUGGCCUCCUGCCUGCUGGAUGCAGUGCUGCGACAUGGAUGUGAGGUGGCCUUCAUCCACUUGCUGCUGGACCACGGGGCUAACCCGGCCCUCGUGCCCUGGGAGUCGGAGUUUGAAGCUCCUAGCCGGCGGAAGGUCGAUCCAGAGGCACUCAGGGUCUUUCUGGAGGCGCGGAGAUGCCCUCGUAGGCUGACACACCUGUGUCGGAUCAGGAUCCGAAGAGCAAUGGGCAAAAGCCGUCUAAACCACAUACCGUCAUUACCACUACCACAACCCAUCAAGAACUUCCUGCUUCACCAAAACUGACACGCCCUCUCUUCUUCUUCAGAGCUACACCAACCUUAACUUUGUCAAUCUCAAAGACAAGCCAUAGGAUACAGUCUUUUGUGAUCCCGGUUCACUAAUUGCUUAUUAUUUUCUAAUAAUAAACAGUUAAUAAUGUUCUUUUUCAAAUAUUUUGAAAUUCAGAGAUAUGUAAUACUCCUUCAUAUCUUCCUAUUACUAUAAUAAUUUAUUGCACUUAUCAGAGAAACCUUAAUAUGUCCUGACUUGUGGUAACUGUAUAUGUAUUCUCAAUGUUAGCGAAUACCAACUCUUGGACAGAGCGAGUGGCAAAAUGAUGAAAUUACUGAUACUGUAUAUCACCUACAUUAUAAGUGAUCAGUAAUGAAAAGUGCAAGAAACAGCAAAUCAAAUCAAUCCUGGAUCCUAACUGAAAAACGUGUAAGACGGAGAAAUUUAACAUAUUUGGUCUAAUCAGUGACACAUGUGUCAGCAUCAUUUGUAGAGAGGGAGAGGGAGAUUUGUAGAAACACUGAAUAAGCACAUUUUACCAAACUUCACGUGACAGUGAUAUUGGUUGAAAAGUGAAUUUUAUGCUGAAUAUAAUAACUUUAUAUUUAUUACCCUGAAAGCUGCUGUAAGUCUAUUAAGUUCAUUUCUAUUGUGCCUGUCUGCUGCUCAGCUUUUUUUUCUCUCAUGCAUUUCUACUGUUCAAUGCGAUAUCUCACUGUAUUUUGCUUUGUACAUCUCAUCUUUACUUGCAUACAGUAAAUGUGCAAUAAUCCUA